ACUUACCGUCGUUUUCUAUGAUUGAAAGUAUACCGUCUUCCAUGUUUACACUUCCGGGUACACGUUCGCACGUUCAAUAUCAUUUGUAAACAUAUCCGUUCGAACCAUUUGACAAAAGUAAGAUUAUAAUAUGUAAACACAAUCCCAAACAAACUUGAUAUAACUGAAUAAACUGUUAAAGACAGAAAAAUGGCAAGCAAUGAAGACACUGAUAUCUUUAAUUGGAAAAGACCUUUAGAGCUUUUUAGUGAAAAAGAAGUUGUGAAAGUUUGUGCACCUAUGGUACGAUAUUCAAAACUGCCAUUUCGCAUGCUGGUGCGCCAGUAUGGUUGUGACCUCGCCUUCACUCCUAUGAUCAUCGCCAACUCUUUUGUGGCGUCAUUGAAAGCACGGGACAGUGAGUUUACCACAUGCAGAGAGGAUCGUCCCUUGAUAGUCCAGUUUGCUGCUCACAAUGAUGUUGACUUUGGGAAUGCUGCAGGAAUUGUAUCACCGUAUGCAGAUGGUGUUGAUCUCAAUUGUGGCUGUCCACAAAGAUGGGCAAUGGCCGAUGGUUAUGGUGCAUGUCUGAUCAAGAAACCAGCCCUGGUAAGGGACAUGGUGCUGCAGGCAAGGAACAGAGUGGACCGUUUGGAUUUCACGGUGUCCAUAAAGAUCCGGAUCCAUGAUGACAUCAGGGAGACAGUUGAGUAUUGCCGUACUAUGGAGGCUGCAGGAGUUUCUUGGAUUGCAGUGCAUGGACGGACGAAAGAGCAAAGAAACCAGCCCGUGAACCUGGAAGCUGUGAAACUCAUUCGAGAGAAUCUCAGUAUACCUGUGGUCGCUAAUGGAGACAUCAAGUCAAUGGAGGAUGUUAAUAGUGUUUCUACUUUCACGGGUGUUCAAGGUGUGAUGAGUGCUAGAGGCAUGCUGCAGAACCCAGCCAUGUUCACAGGCUUGGAGAAUACUCCAUUACAGUGCAUGGAGGACUGGGUUGCCAUAGCAUUGCAGUAUGGGACCCCAUUUUCCAUAUUUCACCAUCACCUUAUGUACAUGUGCGAGCGAAUCAUGUCAAAGGCAGAACGACGUAUCUUCAACAGCCUUCCAAGCACAGCUGCAGUACUGGACUAUCUACGAGAGAACUACACUGGCCAGCUGGACCAUGGGUGAUGUGGGUGUGCAUGUGUCUAGGCCAGAAGUAGAUUUUCGGACCAAGUGAUAUUCAGUUUGCGAAGUUAAUUAAACAUCAAUGGCAGAGUGUGACAUGAAGAAUGUUUCACGAUAUGCCUACAACACACAUUAAUUUCAUACCACUUCUCUGCAACAGUUUUUAUUCUUGGAAACAUAAUUGGAUUGUUUGCAUCACAGUUUCCAUAUAAAUUUGCAAAGAAUAGAAACAUGUAGAAAAGUAAGAUAACAAUAAAAUAUGAACAGAUAUAUAAAGCUCAUGUAUCAAAAUGAACAAUAUAAAAUUGAAUUAGGUAAAAUAGUCCCAGAUCUCACAGAACAACACAUCCUGUUCAAUUUGAAGACUUUGUACAAAGCAUUUGUCACAAUUGGAUAGAUAAGAGCAACAGAUGUCCCCACCAUGGAUUAGUCGUAUACUGCUAACAUACUGAUUUUCAUUUUAUAGGAUGGAGUGUCAAGCUCACUGUUGUAACCUAUGGCAAAAUAGGUCAUCCAGCACUGAAGUAUUUUUAGCUUGCCUGAGCACAACUUGCAUAUUGUGACUUUUGUGAACACUUUUUAUCUGUCAUUCAUCCUCCAUUAUCAUAAUUUACCUUGUGAACAGGCUAGAGGCCUCAGUUUUUUUUUACCAAUCUUCAUGAAACUUGGUUAGAAUAUGUGUCCCAAAAUAUCUGGACUGAGUUUUUAACCAGUGGAAAAAAAACUAGGUCACUAGGUAAAAGUUAAGAAAAAGAUUGUGAACCCUCUAAAAAACACACUUUUUUGGUCAAUCACCAUGAAACAUGCUCAGAAUAUUUGUUCUAAUGAAACUUAAGCCGAGUAUUGAAAUGGUUAAUCUUCUCUUAUAUGGCUACAUUGAAACCUCGUGAACACUCAAGGAAGUCACUUUAUGCCCAAUCAUCAUGAAACUUGUUCAGAACAUUUUGUUGGCAUAAUUUUGUGGCCAAGUUCAAAAAUGGUUCAGGUUCUUUGAAAACGUCUUUCCUUAUAGGGCUAUAGUAAAACUGUGUGAAUACUCUUUAGGUCUCCAUGAAAUGUUUGUUUUUAAUUAUAUCUUUCCAGAGAUUGAAAAUUGUUCCUGUCCAUUCAAAAUCAUAUCCACUAGGAGAUGGAGCAGCUUUCUUUUUAUGGCUAUAGUAAAACAUUGUGAAACUUAUCAAACACCUGACCCUAUUGUUUGUAGAGAUUUUAAAAGUAAUUCAAUAUACAUGUCUACAUAAAUCUUGUUGCCCUUAGGCAUUGCCAGUUUUUACCCUAGUACAAUUAAAGCAUGAUUCAAGCAAACUUGGUAGAGCCAAUUAUUAAUUAUCACAAACAAAAUACCUUACCUAUAGGCCUUGCGGUUUCAUAGAAUUUAAGUUUUUACUAGCUACAUUUAGUGAAAACGAGUAACCCCCAGGGCCUAGCAAAUUGGCCCCAGGCGCAUUAUUUGAACAAACUUUGUAUUGGAUCACCACACAAAUUUACACAACAAAUAUCAAACCCCUGUACCUUUUGGUUUCAUAGAUUUUCAAGUUUUUUUUACUAGGUAUACACGUCUAUAUAAAUCAUGGCGAAUCCAGUUUGAUCCAAGGGUAUGAUUUGAAAAAACUUGGUAGAGGACCACUAAACAAUAUACAUGUACACACCAACUAUUAAAGCCCUUAUCCUUGUGGUUUUAGAGACUUUUGAAGUUUUCAUUUUUAAGUCUUUUUUAAGCUCCAGUAUGCAAUGGACUGUAACGAUUUUAACAACUUUGAAAGAGGGUCAUCAAAGGAUCAUUCCUGUGAAAUUUUGUUAAAACAGGUUAUGGGGUAAAGGAGGAGGUUCUUAGAAAAAAGUUCACUCAGGCACUGACUGACAUAUGACCUUAGCUCAGAUGAGCUAAUAAGGCAACAAGGAGCAUUGGCAGGAAUAUAGAAGCAGCUGUUCACAGCCCUGUAUGUGGCUUUAGUAAAAAACUUGUGACCACUCUAGAAGUCAAAAUUUGUGCCCAAUCAUAAUGAAACUUGCUCAGAACAUUUGUUGUUAUGAUGUCCGAGUCGAGUUUAAAAAUGGUUGCCUUAUUUUGAAAGCGGUUCUGGGGGCUGAAUUGCACGUUGCCUUAUAUAGCUAUAGUGAAGAAUAACCAUGAGCUUGGAAAAGUUUACUUCCUUUAGGUCUGAGGUGAGUGCAGAUUAGGCCAUUGGCCCUCUUGUUAUAUUUGACAAGUGUCAUGCACUGGUAUUACACAUUUCAAAACAUUUUGAUGUAAAAGGUCAAAGAAUAACCAAGCAUACCAAAUUGAAAGCACACUCGUCUUGGAUUGCACAUUACUUUGGAAAAACCUACUAUCUCUUUUUUCCACCCAAAGCAAAAUGCAUGGAAAGUAAAUGCAUUAAAAUGACAAAAGUUAUUAUUUUAUAAGUAUUUUUAUGGGUCAGUUUUUUUCGUCCAAUCAGAUAAUCAGGAUUUUUGCAAAGGCUUACUAGUGCUAGGAUAUGUCCUUAAGCAGUCAAUGUUGCAUGCCAAAAAAGAGUUACUUCCUGUAAUUAAUUAAGUCUGAAGCAUAACUUGUAUUAGGCAAGCCAUUUUUCUCAAUUUAAAAUAAGUGUUAAAUUUAAGUUAGCUCAAAUAAACACAACAUGUAUGUAAAACAUGUAUGCCACUACCCCAAACGUGCAUGACUUUAAUGAAGUCAAUGCCUAACAAUUUUUUAAUAAGCCUACACAGAAAAUCAAUAUAUGGUUAAAAAAACAAUUAUACAUUUGCCAACAAAGAAAAUCAAUAUAUGGUUACAUGUGGAUUAAUUUUGCUUGUGAACACCCUGUCAAAGAAAUAAAUUUUCAUUCUUGAACUUAUUAUGCACCCGGUAGGGUGGCAUAUAGCAGGUGAACUGUCCGUCUGUGCGUCCGUCUGAAAACUUUAACUUUGGCCAUAACUUUUGCAAUAUUGAAGAUAGCAACUGUAUAUUUGGCAUGCAUGUGUAUCUCGUGAAGCUGCACAUUUUGAGUGGUGAAAGGUCAAUCAUCCUUCAAGGUCAAGUCAUAAAUUACAAGCCAAGGGAAGUAAUAAGCUUUAAAAGGGAGAUAAUUUCUAAACCUGCAAAAUGAUGUAUUGAAAUUUUAUUUCAAAACGGCGCAAUAGGGGGCAUUGUGUUUCUGACAAACACAUUCCUUGUUUUAUUGCUGCCAGUAUCAUAGUCUUCUCAAUAAUUAUGAAAUUCAGUGUCCAGUGUUCAGAUGGUGUUUUGUCACCGAAAUACUUAACACUGCUUUUCUGUAUUUCAAGCACUGCAAAUAAUUAUAACGGACAUGCAGGGAAAGUAUCAAAAAGGGCUAAGAAAACAACAAACAACCAAUCCAAUUGUGGCACGCUUUGUGAAAGGCGCUUUAAAUGUUUAUUGAAAUAAAGAAAUAAAAGAAUUUGCAGUUUUAUACAUAUAUUGGAAUAAAUACCAAUCUCAGUUGAAAUCACAUUUGCAGAUCUUCAACACAAUAAAAUCCUGACUGAAUCGAAAAUUAUAUUGGCUUUAAAUUGUCAAUUAAUAAUAUAUAGUGAAGAGCUGGUCAUGUAUCAAUGACAACUGACUUAGCUAAAAUAAAUAGAACAAUAUAAACAUUAUAAUUGCUCAGACAAAUUUGAAGUUUUAAUAGAAUAGGUGCUGGUAAGUGACCUAUAUUCGUUCUUAUAGACGCGUUGCAACUCCUUCAUUUUGCCAAUAAUGCAUGUGCGUCAACCGGAAUGAAUACCGAAUUAAACCAAAGUACAACUUGAAAAUAGUCU